CUCUUUUGCUGGAUUACAGGCGGCGGCGGCGGAUCGGCUCGUUGUUGCGGUCGAACCGGGAGUUUUUGCUUUUUUCUCUGCUGCGCUCCGCUGUUGUGCGCUCGUGGCCGGGGAGGAAUGUGGGAUCUGAUCAUGGGGUCAUCAUCAGCAUCAGCUUCUGCAGCAUCAGCACCACACUUUACUUUGUUCUCCGCAGCGCCGUAUCACGAGGAGAGCGCACUAAAAGAAAAAUAAAAAAAACUGUGGGUUUUGUCGUCGAUUUUCAUCGCGGGAAACUUUUCUUUUUCCCCUUUUUAAGAAAACCAAACAACUAUAUAAAUAUAUAUUUAUAUAUUAUUCGUUAUAUAGCGUGUGGAAUGGAGAUCCCAACUUUCCUGCUGUGGAGUCUUGCUCUGCUCUUCGUCGGAGGGGAUAUUUUCACCAGGGCCAUGCUGAGUGACAUUGGGGACUAUGUAGGUACAGACAUUCAAAUAUCCUGGUUACCAAAUCUGGAUGAUUUAAUGAAGGGCUAUGCCAGAAAUUUUCGCCCUGGGAUAGGAGGUCCACCAGUGAAUGUGGCCAUGGCUAUUGAAGUGGCCAGCAUUGACCACAUCUCUGAGGCCAACAUGGAGUACACCAUGACCGUAUUCCUACGACAGAGCUGGCAUGAUGACCGCCUGUCCUACAAUCACACCAACAAGACUCUGGGGCUGGACAGUCGGUUUGUGGACAAGCUAUGGCUGCCUGACACCUUCAUCGUUAAUGCCAAAUCUGCUUGGUUUCACGAUGUCACCGUGGAGAACAAGCUGAUCCGCCUGCAGCCCAAUGGAGUCAUUCUAUACAGCAGCCGCAUCACUUCGACAGUGGCAUGUGACAUGGACCUCACCAAGUAUCCCAUGGACGAACAGGAGUGUAUGCUAGACUUGGAAAGCUAUGGUUAUUCCUCAGAGGACAUUGUGUAUCACUGGUCAGAGAGUCAGAGACACAUCCAUGGCCUGGACAAACUAGAGCUUUCCCAGUUCACCAUCACAGACUACCGCUUUGUCACUGAGAUGAUGAACUUCAAAUCAGCGGGCCGAUUUCCAAGGCUCAGUCUUCGCUUCCAGCUGAGACGUAAUCGGGGCGUCUACAUCAUCCAGUCAUACAUGCCUUCAAUAUUACUGGUUGCUAUGUCUUGGGUGUCCUUUUGGAUCAGCCAAUCAGCAGUCCCUGCUCGUGUAUCCUUAGGAAUCACGACUGUUCUCACCAUGACCACACUGAUGGUAAGCGCCCGCUCCUCCCUGCCACGAGCAUCAGCCAUCAAGGCGUUAGACGUCUACUUCUGGAUCUGUUAUGUGUUUGUGUUUGCGGCCCUCAUUGAGUAUGCCUUCGCUCACUACAAUGCUGACUACCGACUUAAAGAGAAGGCCAAGGUGAAGGCCAACAAGCUCAGCUCUGAGUCUAUUGUGAAGAAUGGAAAACAAGCUAUGGUUCUGUUUUCCUUGUCAGUCACUGGCAUGAAUCAGGGUGUGGUUAUUUCUAACCGCCACGGGCGGGCCCAGCGCUCAGGCAGCGAAAUCCCCGGUGAGGGUGGAACAGAAGAAGCCGAACCGAGAAGGAGAAGGUCCAAGCAGGCAGAGGAGAACGAGGAGGAGAAGAAGUGCUGUUCCAAGUGUGCCUGCAAGCCCAUUGAUGCAGACACCAUCGACAUCUAUGCCAGAGCUGUGUUCCCUUUCACUUUUGCUGUGGUGAACGUGAUCUACUGGGUGGCGUACACCAUGUGAAGAGGAGGCAGCAGGUCUGUGUGAAUGGCUGCCAUCCAGAUCUGUACAUAAGAAACUGCUGGAGCUGUGCCACUUUGAUGCUGGCAGACUGGUGCAGCUGAAAUAUACUGCAGGCCACAGCUAAGAGGAAAAAAAAGAAAAAAAAUUCAGUGGAAAUAAUGGCUUGUGAAUAAGGAAAAAUGGUAAAUAAUGGAAGUAGUUAGAAAGUGUUAGGAGGACUUCAAUAUAUUUAAAUGCAAAUAGUGUUGUAUAAAGGCAAAGGACUGUGUUGCCAGUUGGAGGUUCACAUACACAAUGAAUACAGUCUAACUAACAAUUAAGAUUUCCAGAUGCCAUCCUGUUCUAUAAAUUGAGCACAGGACACUACAAGAAAUCAUCUCAUUCAAACACUUAGACUGACCACAAGUUCUCAACUAAAAAAAUGCAAGAAAUAAGACUAGAAGCCACAGUCUUCGGUAACCUCCCCGUUAUCUCAAAAAAACAAAAACGCCACCCAGACAAGAGGAUACCGAGAUGAGGUGUUCUGCUAUUCUGCAUGGCUGAUAAUUCAUUCAUCCUGCUCCCUCUUUUUUUCCCUUUCCUUUGGUCCUCCUUUUUUCAGUUCAUUUUCACGUUAAGGACACUGUCUGGAGUGUCUUAUCUCCUCAUGCAGUUCUGCCUGUUUCCUUGCCAUUAAAGGACUUCCUCCACUA